AUGAUUAAAUUUCAUUCAAACCUUACUGAAAAUGCAUCGAUUUACUUAUCACAGCUUGCUCCAAUAGUUCGUUAUUCAAAGAUAUUUUGUUUUAGUGAUCAUCCAGCUCAUUCUGUUUUAAUUCAUCGUCUUAAACAUUCACUUAACGCUAUAAAAGAAACGUGGAUAUGGUAUUCAUUAAAUUUAAUAGAAUGUUUAUUAUGUAUUGCUGAUACAGGUUUAUAUCUAAUUAUACUUGAACAAUUUAAAUAUGAUAUUCAACGUUUUGCUGUAUUGAUUUUUCUUGGUUUAUUACAACUUCAUAGACGGCUUUAUCCAAACGUCGCGAUAUAUCUUUAUUUGCAAUCACAAAUACAAGCAGCCUUUACCUAUCGUCAUUUAACAUUGAAUCUGACAGAUAAUGAAGCUCAGAAUAUAGCUACACUUCAAUGGCAUGAGCAGAGUAUGGAAAUGACCGAAGGACUGUAUCAAAUCGAGAAUAUCUUUGGACACAAAUUUGUGAUAAUUCGAGAAGAAGAUAACCGAGUCUAUAUCGGUAAUGCCGUACCUCUCGAACAGUGCAUUUUUCGUCUCGAACACAUUCGACACCGUGAAUAUCGUGUUCGGCACUAUCAAUCGAACAGAACUCUUUGUAUUUAUCAACAAUCAUUGAAUAAUGAAGCGCCAAUUGUACUUGACUCUCAUAUGGAUCAGACAUUCACAUUUGUAAGUGUUGAUGACGAUAAUAGAGAGUACUAUAUUUCGCCUGCUCAUCAGCGACCAAUAAGUCGAAGCAAAGUACUCGAUAUUCACAAUGAUCCUUAUGGUCAUGCCGGACAGAAUGGAGCACAAGUACAAUUGUAUAGCUAUCAUGGUGGGCUCAAUCAACGUUUUCGUUUGCAUGCUGUCGAUGAAAAUAUUCUUACGUCAACAAGCACGACUGCAAAGAUGGUGUAA